UCUGCGAUAGUCAAUUGGCAUCGUCAUCGCCGUCGCCGUCGCCGUCGCCAUCGUCUGAUGAACCGAAAUUGAAUGUUUUUAUAAUGAGGCACAUUUGAAUAAUUUGUCAUCAACCUGCCAAAAUCAACAUAUACACAUUAGAUCAUACUCUCCACGCGUACAAACAGUUUACCAAGUGAAACUGAAUUGUUUGAUUCUGACGGCCUCCAACCGCAGAACGAUGCCCAACCAAUUGAGUAAAUCGUAAUUUGUUAUUAGUGGUUUGUAGUUUUGUUGCGCUGUUUGUAACGGUAAAACACAUUUUGAAAUAUACCGUAAUUAGGUUAAAUGAAAUAGAAAGUGCGCAUGGUCACAAACCAUAAUCAAUAUGAUUGUUACUGCUUACAUAUGUCAGCGCGCACACCGCCUAUCUAUUUCUAGCCGUGAAGAUAUGUCAAACAAACAAACAAAUGAAAGAAGAAAAAAAAACGAGUAGCAAAACAGUAACCGCAGCAGCAAAGCUUUCUCACAUUGGAUAAAUAUGGCUCAGGCCUAGGCUAUUUGGUGGGAAGCGGUUUUGUCCAAUUCUGUACACAAAAAUCGAAUUUUUUCGGAUUCUUUGCGAUAAUUUCCUGAUAUGUUGAGAUUGAGGAAGCACAUAAAUGGCUUUUCACUCAGAUACCAUACAUCGAAUCGUUUAGAGAAGGACAAACGAAUCACGUGUACCACCGCAAAACGGAUACCGAAAACAUUUCAAUUUUAUUAUGUUGUAUCAUGUCUUCAAUGGUGGAAAGUAUUGCCGCCAACAUAUAAAUUCUUUCUAAUCUUAGUCGGUUUAGUCGUGUUAUUGGUAGCGUAUAUGUAUUUGCAAAAAUUAGUGAAUUACGUGAGGAGUGUGACAAAUGAUGGACAAAAACCAGGAAAAGUUGUACCAAAUCCAGAGUAUCCGUUGCCACCAUCCCAUUCGAUACUGCAUCAGUUUAAAAAUGGUGCCGUAUGCUCUGAUGCCGAACAAUGUAGUAAAAUAGGAAGUGAUUUCCUUGACCGGGGAGGAAAUAUUUUUGAUGCAGCCAUUGCCACACUGUUUUGCAAUGGUAUUGCAACGGCCCAAAGUAUGGGAAUUGGCGGUGGAUUCCUUAUGAAUUUGUAUAUUCACUCGGAAGGCAAAGCCUAUACAUUAAAUUCCAAAGAAAUGGCACCGUUGAAUGCUACCGAAGACAUGUUCAAAACGCCCGAAGAAUACCUAAACGGGCCGUUAUCGGUUGCUGUACCGGGCGAAGUCAAAGGAUAUUGGGAAUUGUAUCAACGAUUUGCAUCGAAACGUUUCAGCUGGAAAGAGCUUGUUGAACCGACCAUCAAAGUUUGUGAAUCAGAACUAAAAUUAUCGAAGCAUAUGAGCGAUAACAUCACACCAAGACUACUGAAAGAUAAUCAUUUGAGGAGGACUUUCUUCGUGAACGGAACGAAUACACCGCGACGUGAAGGUGAAUAUGUACGAUUUGCGCCGGAAUUAUGCAACACCUACAAAUUGAUUGCCGAAAAUGGCGGUAAUGACUUCUACAAUGGCACAUUGGCUGCUUUAAUCGCCGAUGAUUUGCGAGAUCUCGGUAGCAUUGUAACAAAAAAAGAUCUGGAAUCGUACAGAACACAGUGGGAAGAGUCUUUAACAAUGCCUAUAAAUGAUAAUACUGUGUAUGUGACACCAACAGGGGGUGGACCACUUGUUGCAUUUAUACUCAACAUUUUACGCGAGUACAACAUGACACGAAAAGAUAUUGAGACUGAAGACGAUCAAAUUCGUACAUAUCAUCGAUUCAUCGAAUCCUUCAAAUACGCAUUUGGAUAUCGGACACAAUUGAAUAACUCCGACACAAUACCGGAGUUGGUGCAUAAAAUGUUAUCAUCCGAGUUCGCUAACCAAAUUCGUGAGAAAAUUGAUGAUAAUCACACAUCAGAUGAUCCAAAACAUUACGGUGGUGAUUAUAAAGUGAUUGAAGACAAAGGAACAUCACAUGUUUCAAUUCUUGCACCGAACGGUGAUGCGAUCUCCGUUACAUCAUCAAUUGAUUUGUAUUGGGGAAUUGGACAAUCGGGCAAACGAACGGGCAUCAUAUUCAACAAUGCAAUGAACGAUUUUGCCGUAAAAUCGUUCAAAAAUUAUUUCGAUUUGCCGGCAUCGCCUGGAAAUCAUAUUGCACCACAAAAGCGUCCCAUUUCUUCAAUGAGUCCAACUAUUGUGACCGAUGGUAACGGUGAUGUGCGAUUGGUGAUUGGAGCUGCAGGUGGCACAAAAAUACCAACCGCCAUUUCAACGGUCAUUGCUCGAUUGCUAUGGUUUGAACAAGACAUCAAAGAAGCCGUAGAUGCACCACGAAUCCAUCAUCAGCUAGCACCAAUGGAGGUGCAAUACGAAUACGGCAAUAUACAGAAAUUAAUUACGGGCCUGGAGUUAUUGGGUCAUAAAAUGCACAGAUAUGAAGACCGAGGCUCGGUGAUUUGUGCGAUUGCAAAGAAUCAGACGGGAAUUUUUGCGAAUGCUGAUUACAGGAAAGCGGGCGAAGUGGUUGGACUAUGAAUUAAUUCAUCUAGACGAAAAAAAAACCAAACAAAACAAAGCACACCGGCGAUCAACAUCAACGUAAAAAUGCACGAUAACACACAAUAAUUAAACAACAAUUUUGUUUAUUUUGUUUUUGUAAUAAUAAUAAGAAGUGAAUUUUACAACUUUGACACGACAAAAAAUGAACGUGCAUAUUUCGAUUACUUCCGUUGUCAAUGCAAUUUGAAAUUAAGAGGAAAUAAAUAAAUAAUAAUAGACGAUGUGAUUCAAGUCGUUAAAAUUCAUAAA